CACCUAAUUUAACAAUAUGAAUAAAUACAACCCAUAUUUUUCUUACAAAUAACUGCAUGGCGUUACAAAAUGAACUCUCAACCCCAUCGUUGCUGAAGCUAUGUUCUUUCAUCUUUUGGGGUUGGACAUAUAUAUGGUGCACGGAAAAAGCGCCAGACCACAGCCCAGAAUGGCAUUCGAGGGUAGUUACGUUGCUGCAUGGUAGUGUCGCAACAGUUGCUGGUCUGUGGCAAUGUGGAGUGACCAAUAUCGACCGAUGUAGACUCAAUGCAAAAAUAACACCGGCGAAUUAUGCUUUAAUGUUAUGGUCCUGGGGCUACUUCGCUUUCGAUUUAAUAUGGUGCAUUAUAUAUUGGAGUAAUAGCUACGUCAUACUUUGGCACCAUGUAAGUGCGCUGAUAGCUGUAGGUAUUUACAUGAACAAAACCUACUCUGGAUGCACCUUCGCUUGUACUCUUGCACUUAUGGAAAUCACAAACCCUUUUCUUCAAACUAGAUGGUUGCUUCGCGAUUCCGGCUAUGGGCAAACAAAACUUUACUUUCUAGUGGAAUUAACAUAUCUUAUUAUGUUUUUGUCGCUACGAGGACCCUUAUGUACAUAUUUGAUUUACAAAAUUCUUCCAUCUGAUAUCCUUGAUAUGGAUGAGAAAAUUAUAUCUCUAGCACUGUAUGCGGUAUCCAUUGUUUUCAUAUAUGAAAUACUUGGUUAUGUUAUAUACAAGUAUAAGAAUAAAAUUAAAGAGUUCAAAGGAUUCGCUAAUGAAAUUACUGUAGCCCUGGUGGAAAAUUAAUUUUUUAAUAAAAUAAUUGCCAUAAUA